GAAGCGGAGAAGACCGGAAAGCUUUCUGGGAGGACGAAUUUUGGUCCUUUUCAGAUAAAGUGCCCACUGAUGAAAAUCACAACCUGACGUUGAAAGUACAUUUUGGAUAAUGCCUCCCACAUCUACCAAAGCUUCUGCUUUGUAUCCAGAUGACAUUUCUGGGUUCCUGUGCCUGCCUCCUGCUUCUGAUGAUCUUCAAGUGAUUUGGUCUCGGGCAGAGCUGACUGAGGAGUUGGAUGAUAACCCUCAGCUCAUCAGCACCUUUAGCUUUUUUCCAUACCCAAGCAUGCCAGAAAUUGCUCUACUUUCUCUACGGUUCGGGUUGCAAAUGGAGAAAGUGAAAAACUGGUUCAUGGUACAGAGAAUUCGUUGCGGAAUCAGCUGGACUCCAGAGGAAAUUGAGGAAACGCGGGCACGGCUCAAUUAUAAUCAUGAUCAAUUUCAUUUCAAGCCUCUGAUUGCCCUGGCCAAGAAGUCCAAUGUGCUCCGAUCAGAUGAAUUUUCAAUUCCUGCUCUAAAGGCAAGAGCAAGGCAAGCCAUGGCCUCUCGUUCUUGCACAUCACCUGUUUAUAAUGCCCCAGAAUCUAAGAGGAUACGAUUAAGCUGUAAACUUCCAGACAAGGAACCUCUUAGAGCUAAUGAAAGUACUUCUGUACACCGACUAAAAGGCUGUAGCAGGGACUUUACAAGUGAAUCUAAACCCAAUUCUCUCAUCUCAAAUGCUCAACCAAAGAAAAGGCAGGAGCCUGAUAAGCCAGUUAAACCAUCUGCUGCCAGCUUGAUGUUGGGAGUGGAUGGGAGAGAGAUGAACUCAGUUUCAUAUUAUCCCUCUGAGGAGGAACAGAUGUCUUCCUCUUGGCAUAUGAGCAAUGGUGAAGGAGUGCAAGUUUCAGGUUAUAUUGAUCAAAAUGGAAACCUUAGGAGAGAGGAUAGUGCGCCAGGCAUGAGACGCCAACGGAAAAGUAAACAACAGUUGCAAAUUCUCAAAUCCUUUUUUCUGAAGUGCCAGUGGGCUACCAGGGAAGACUACAUGAGGCUUGAAGAGAUUACUGGACUACCAAGAGCAGAUAUCAUUCAAUGGUUUGGAGAUACACGUUAUGCCCUUAAACACGGCCAGCUUCGGUGGUUCCGUAACAGUAUGCAAGAGCAUCCCACUUGGCUCGAUGAUUCUCAGCAUGUCGGUAAUGUUAAUGGAAGACAAAGUGAUGGUGGCUCACCAGUCCACGCAAUGUCCUCUGCUAUGACAGAGGUGCCUGAUGAUGAUGAUGAUGAUGUUAUAGCAUCAUCUAGUCAGCAUUCAGGAAACACUGUAGUAAGUGAGGAAAUUUCUGACGAUGAACCAACUUUUUCUGGAAAAUCAAAACCCGGGCACAAAGUUUCCAAUUUCAAACUUCUGGUAAAAAAUUGUUCAAAACCUAAGACUCCUCAAGGUCCCAUUUCAUCUUUGCUUCAGAAAAAAUAUGAUGUUUUGGAAAACUAUCUGUGUGUAAACAGUCAGUUCCAUGCGCAGGACUUGGAGGAAUUAGUUACAGAAUCUGGCUUAAGCCAUCAGCAAGUACUGAACUGGUUUUCUUGUAGAUCAAAGGAUCCAGAUGAGGUUGAGAUCUGUGUUGUUGAAGAUGAGGAUGAUGAUGAUUUUGAGGACGAUGACGACAACGAUGUUGUUAUUCAGGACUAGUGUUGAACUGCUUUAACCAGUGAUUUGGAAAUUGAUAUUGUCAUUACAGGUAUCUAAUUAGCAAUAGACUGAAUACAAAAAAUCCAUAUGCAAUAAAACGAUUAGUUGUUGCUGGAACUCACAAUAUAAAAUGAUACAUUUAUAUUUAUUUUUUCACUAACAAUUUCUUUUAGCUGGCGUAUGCAGCGAAACAGUCAUGGAAUGAUAUUCCAUAUGUGUUAUGCAGGUUUGCAAAACUACUGUGAAACGUU